AUGACCGCUAUAUCUGGUGAUGACUCUGAUGUAGAUCCAAAGACUGCUGCCGUCGUAAGAAGAACCGUGAGAUUCAUUCUAGCCAGCAUUGAAUCUCAAUUGACAGUAAUCAGUAAGAAUCGUUUACAAAAUGUCGUUCGUGAUAUAUCACAACAAGAGAACUCAUCAAGAAUACCUUUCAAUGACCUGGUUAGAUCCGCCAGUGAACUCCUCGAAGACGUCUUUGGCUACGAGCUCCGACGAUUAGGAACUAGGUCUGAGAAGUUCAUCGUACUGAACACACUAAAACCGUUGCCACGUCUAAAUGAAUUUAUCAUCAAAUUAUGUGAAAACACAAAGACCGAUUCGUUUGCGCAUGAUAGUGAACACAUUAGCCCAAAAACAAACUGUCUGAAUAGUACCUUUCACGACCAAGAUUUAGCUUUCAAAGGCGUUCUCACGGUGACACUGUGCACCGUUCUCUUCUCCAAGAACCAUAUUUUGCAACAAGAGCUAUUGGAACAUCUAAGCUCCUUCGGAAUACCGACUGAUGGCAGCAAGAUUCCUGUCAUCAAUUGCACCAUAGAUGAACUGCUCAAGACUCUUGACAGGCGAGAGUACCUCUAUCGUGUCCAAGACAGCGCAGAUAUUCAAGGUGAGACAGUUUUCUACAGAAUUGGAAGAAGAACCCAACUCGAAUUUGAUCUUGACUCCCUUGUCCUUCUAGUACGAUCAGUAAUGGGGCUAGCCGAAGAUCAGCAUUCCACUCUCAGGGAAGACAUAGCAAGGAACAUUGCUGACUCUUAUAAAAGCAAUACUCUCUAA